AUGCGGUGCACACAGGCCGCUCUGGCGGCACCACCCGCCAUGCUGCUUGCCACCCUCGCCUUCUUGUCGGCACCGUCACGAGUGGCUGCUCACCCUUAUCCGCUGCAAAACAACAACAACAACAACUACGAUGCUGGCUUCCGCUUCAUCAUGCCUCGCGACUGCGUCCAGCGCUGCGGCAGUGACGGGCAAUAUUGCUGUGGUUCUGGCGAAGUGUGCUUUACCAGUGCAAACAUUGCAGGUUGCUCUGGCGGCGCUGGUGGCAACUACGGCAUUUACACAACCACGUGGACUGAGACCAACACCUUCACGAGCACGGUCACGACCCCUUUCCCUGCUGCCCCUACUGUUGAACACGGAGGGGGCGUCGGCGGCUCCGGUGUCUGCGUGCCCCAAGUUGAGGGUGAGACGUCAUGCGGCAGCAUUUGCUGCGCGGCGUGGCAGCAGUGCGCGAGCGAAGAAAAGAGCCAGUGCGAGCAGCGACCUGGAUUUGGCGGCGGCAUCAUCACUACCACAGUUACCGAUGGCAACGGCCAGACCAUCACGACCCGCUAUUCCGCUCCCUACCGUGUGACAAGCACAACCUUCACCAACUCGGCAGGCUCCGCUACCUCGACCGGCGUUGUCGGCACCGGCACCGCCAUCCCUAAUGAGGGUGACAAUGGUGAAGAUGGUGGCACUGGCGGCGGCGGUCUCUCUGCUGGCGCCAUUGCAGGCAUCGUCAUCGGCACCCUUGCUGGUAUCGCCCUCCUCAUCCUCAUCUGCUUCUGUUGCAUUGCCCGUGGCCUCUGGGCCCUGCUCUGCGGCGGCAAGAAGAAGAAGGACGACCGUCGCCGUGAGCGCACCGAAGUUUACGAGGAGCAUUACCGAGGUGGCAGCCGGAUGCCCUCUACACACUCCCGCCGUGACCGCCACACCGGAUGGUUUGGAGGUCGCCCCGCCUCGGCCUCUGCCCGCCGCGACCCCGAGAAGGACCGCUCGAGCGGUGCGAAGUGGCUCGGCCUUGGUGCCGGCGCCGCCACCCUGUUGGCGCUACUCAACCUACGCAAGGAUAAGAAGCCCGAGCGCAAGGCGCGCUCGCGCUACACGGACUCGUACUACUCGUACACGGACAGUGAGUCUUCGCGGUCGCGCGCACCCAUGCCGCCCGCCGGCUCGCGGAGGGCGUCCUCUCGGAUGCCCCCUGCGGCGGCGCCGUCUGGGUCGCGUCGUUAUGACGAUGACCAGUCAGACCUGACGUCGUACCUAGGUGGCAGCUCUGCCGGCCGGACGAACCGCACGAGGCGGACUGAACCGCGCGCUGAAUCGCGCUACUCACGGCGGUAG